AAAGAAGAAUUUUCAAAAGUGAUCGAAGAUGCAAUGAUGGUGAUAUUUGAUUGGAAAUCACACAUUGUAAGAACUGUCAACCAAGACCAAUUUAGAUUGGAUACCAUAGAACAUCUUGAAACAGAUAAAGCUUUACUGGUUAUGGAUUGGGCCAUGAAAUUUUUACCCUUGAAAUAUCGUGAGAAACAAACUGACUGGUUUGGUCAAAGAGGGAAGAACUGGCAUGUGAUUGUUUGUAUAUACAGAGAAAAAGAUGGAUCAAUUAAUCAUAGAACUUUCACCCAUGUUUUAGAAUCUGUGAAACAGGAUUGGUUUUGUGUGGCUUCACUUCUUGAAAAUGUUAUAAUGACCAUCAAAGAUCAACUCCCUCAAACUAAGAAGUUAGUUCUGCGAUCGGAUAAUGCAGCAUGCUACCACUGUGGACAUAUCUGGUUAUGCUUACAAGAAAUAAGUAAAAGAACAGGGAUCAAUAUUCAGGGAUAUUGCUAUUCUGAGGCCCAAGCAGGAAAGUCAUAUUGUGAUUCAAAGAUAGCACAUAUGCGCACAAAGAUGAAAAGUUGGGUUGCAAGUGGAAAAAACAUGGUAACAGCAGCUGAUAUGAAAACUGUACUUGACUCUGGAACAGGUGUUGCUGGAUGUCAAGUCUCUGAAUGUGUAAUAGACACCUCAAAACACAAACUGAUAACACACAAGUUGAAAGGAAUAAAUGAUUUUAAUGAGUUGCAAGUUGAAGAAGAUGGUUUACUACUGAGGAAAGCCUACAACAUCGGCAAAGGAAAAUUUAUUCCUAAUGCAUCCUUAGACCAAAUGGGUUUUGGUAAACAGCAGGAAAAUGAAUCAGGAUGUGUGGUAAUAUCAGGAUUCGAUUUACCUGUUAAUAUAACUGGAAAAAUCAAAACACCUAAAACAGUUCCUGCAGUUAAUCUCCUUGAAGGACCAGAAACAGAAAUAGAAAAUGAUGAAGACUCAUCAAGAUUAUCCUCUUGUCAUUCAGAAAGUUCUGACCAAAUGCUGUUCUAUUGCACAGUAGUUGGCUGUGUCAAAAGAUUUGCUACCUUAAAUGGACUUGAAAACCAUCUACUGAUAGGAAAGCAUUUUUUACAAUUGCAACGGGAAACAACCUAUGAUAAAAUCAGACACCAGUGGGCACAGUUGUGCAAUGAAGUGGUCUUUACAACCAAAAAUAAGUCAACAUUAACAGAUGGGACUGAAAAAGAAUUUUCCACAAGUAAUAUGGGAUGGGCUUUAAAGAAAGGCAGGAGAAUAUCAAGAUUUCCUGAAUCUGUUAAAAACUUUCUAUUGGCCAAAUUUGAAGAAGGAAAUAGAACAGGAAAAAAGUGUAACCCAACCUCUGUUGCAGAAGAAAUGAAAAAGAUGAAAAACUCAAAUGGGGAAAAAAUGUUUCCAAUUAAUCAUUGGCUUAAUGCCAGUCAGAUAACCUCUUACUUUUCAAGGUUAUGUAGUAAAGGAACCCCUAAUCCUUUAGUGAAGACUGAACUUGAUGAUGAAGAUCUUCUUGCAGCUCUAAUUGCCAUUGAUGAGGAAACUAUUAUCGCUAAUAUUCAAUAG